AUGAGUUUGACAGCCUUUUCUACUGAUUCUGCUGCCGCUUCUAAUGCAUCUAUGGCCACUGAUGAAAUCAAAAACCCAUCGUCAAGUCAAACAACCACGUCGGCACCACCUACACCAGCUCCUCCACCGCCACCUCCUCCACCUCCUCCUGGAUUGCUCAAAGUUCAAAACGGUGCGAUUCCUCCUCCACCACCUCCGCCACCUCCUCCGCCGCCUCCACCUCCACCAGGAAUGUUUUCCUCCAAAUCACCUACUGCCAUAUCGCCGUCAUGUACUGCGCGAAGUGAUGAAGUUUAUCCCAAGAAGAAAAAGACUUACACACUGCUAUGGCAAGCUGUCAGCCAACAAGCGAUAACAAGUGAUGUUCAUACUGUAUGGAAUGAGUACUCGCGGCCAGAGUUUGGCGUAGAAGAGAGGGAUCAGGUACAAAUGUUGUUUGAAAGAGCCGAACCUACCAACCUCUCUCGAUUCAACACUGAAAGAAGAAGCUUGCGUGAAAGACCGAAGUCAGAGACAACUUUUGAACUGCCGCAGCAGAAAGCGCUAAAUCUUGAGAUUGUGCUUGCUAAACUUCGACCACUUUCUGUCAUGGACCUUAUUGCUCGUAUUGAAUCACAUAAUAUUGAUGGUAUUUCUAUUGAUUUAUUAUGCUCACUUGUUAAGUAUUUUCCAACUGAUGAAGAAUUCAAUCGCCAUGCCGAGUCAACGCGACGAAUCCGCGACGCUUGCGACGCUUUGCGCUCACCUAUACUCGUUCACCUCUUACAUAAGUGCCUUCAGUACGGGAACUAUAUUAAUCAGGGUACCGCGCUGUCGAAAGCUGUCGGUUUCAAAUUUUCAUCAUUGCCUACUAUCUUGAGUGCCAAGGGAAAGCAGAAAGCUGCUUCCAAUCUUCGACUUGUUGACUUAUUAGCUCAAUAUGUUGAGUUCGACACUAUUGCUUUGGAGGAAGUGAUAUCUAUAUUGCAGAGAGCAAAGACAAUAACUUUGAAUGACAUUGAAGCGGCUAUAAAAGAACUGAAUGCUUCGGUGACACGCCUCAAGCAACAGCUAAACGGUGCUGGAACCGCUGACGAUAGUUCGUUGCAGGAAGCCUACCAGCCAUUUUUGGAGAGCGCCAAGACCAGGGGAUCCAGUCUACUUGAAGAUGUGCAAGGGCUAAGAGCUGUGGAAAACUCGUUGCAGGCAUUUUUAUGCGCAAAUACGAUGAAGCUGGAAGAGAUAAUAAAUAUUACGGCCGAUGCGUUACUGAUGUUAUCUACGUCAAUCAAGGUGGGUUCUGCCUCUGUUGUGCGCGCUACUUUUGUUUUGUUCGUAUUCAGUUUUGAAACAAGGUUAAAGAAAUAAUU